AUAUGCUCACAUAUCACCAAUAGGCGGACAGAGCCUUCUCUUCCACUCUCACAGAUCUCAUGGCUGUUCCAUUUAUACCUCCUUCCUUUUCCUCUGUGUCUCUGUGUCUCUGUCUUCUUCUUCUUCUUGCUUCUGCUACCAGACAAACUCGAGGCCAAAAGGUGGAAACCUUCACUUAUGUCAACGAAGGCGAGUUCGGACCUUACAUCACUGAGUACGACGCCAGCUAUCGCGUGCUUCCCAUCGCCAGCUCCCCCUUCCAGUUCGCCUUCUACAACACCACCCCCGACGCCUUCUACCUCGCCCUCCGCAUGGGCACCGUGCGCUCCGAGUCCAUCCUCCGAUGGGUCUGGGAAGCCAACCGCGGCCGCCCGGUCCGCGAGAACGCCACCUUCUCGCUUCUCCCCAGCGGCAAUCUCGUCCUCGCCGAGGCCGACGGCCGGGUCGUCUGGACCACUAACACCACCAACAAAGGCGUCGUCGGGCUUAAGGUCCUCCCCAACGGCAACGUGGUCCUUUACGACGCCAAGGGCCGCUUCGUGUGGCAAAGCUUCGACUACCCCACCGACACGCUCCUGGUCGGCCAGUCGCUCCGCCUCCGUGGCCCCAACAAGCUCGUAAGCCGGAAGUCGGCCGUCGACGGCUCCUUCGGCAUCUACAGCCUUGUGUUCGGGCCCGGAGGGAUCACAAUGUACAUCAACAGCGUCGCCUCCAAACCGCUUGCUUACUAUAACUACUCCGACGGCUUACUUAGCUUCUCCGGUCCCGGGGAUUCCGUGACGUUCGUCUGCGAGCCGGAAACAGAGGACAAUUUCGCCUGGGAGUGCAAGCUAAUCAUAAACUUGUCGAGGCCUAAGUACAACGCUACCUUAUCGUUCCUGAGGUUGGACAUCGACGGCAAUUUAGCCGUCUACACGUACUACGACCCGGUGGACUACCGGGCAUGGGAGAAGACAUUCGCCUUCUUCUCCGACGAAAAGGGGUGGCUGAACGGCUGCGGGCUGACGAGCAAGUGCGGCGCCUUCGGGGUGUGCGAGGACGAGAUGUGCGUCGCGUGCCCGUCCAAGGACGGGCUACUGGGGUGGAGCACGAGCUGCGCGACUCCGAGCCUGGCGGCAUGCAAGGAAGGGGUGACGCCCAAGUACUAUAAGGUGGAAGGGGUGGAGAACUUCUUGAGCACGUACAGCGACGGCGAGGGGGCGCAGAAGCUGGAGGAAUGCAAGAGGAGAUGUAGCAUGGACUGCAAGUGCCAAGGGUUCUUGUACUGGGAGAAGGACUACAGGUGCUGGCUCGCGCCGCUGCUGGGGACGCUGAGCAAGGUCUCGAACUCAUCCCAUGUGGCCUAUGUCAAGUACUUGAAGUAGAUGGAGAACGCGUCCUGUGUCUGGGUUUGCCGAUGCGGUCUUUAUCUGCAUCAAUCAAUAAUUACGUGGUCAAUCAAUACUUGCCGUACAGAUCUAA